UAUGACUUGACGAGCGCACAUGGACGCAGUCGUGUCUAGCCGUUUUUCGCGUACACACCGAGAACAUAAAUUGGUAGGUAGUAUAAUAAUAUUAUUAUAAUCGAACGCCACAACACAAAAUCAACAACUGAAAAUCGCAGAAUACAAUUUGAUUCUUACCGUUAAAUACACUUUUUAAGUACACUAAUAUUUUGAACACUGCACGGAAUCAAAAUGUCUUUCAAAACGAUAAUCGCUGUUGUAGCGGUAGUCGCGAUAUGCUGCAGCUGCAACACUGGAGCUCUGAAACAGAGACAAGCGUAUUCCGGCUAUUCCGACGGAUACACUCAAAACCACAAGGACGAGAGUCACCAAGAUCUGAGCAAAGUACCAGGCACACCGGGAGUAGACUACCCAAUUUACCACGCGGUGCCGGAGACGAGUUUCAAUUGCAAAGACGUACCGUACGCACCCGGCAUGUACGCCAACGUGGAGACCGGAUGUCAGGCUUACCAUAUCUGUCACGACGGUCGUGAAGGUCAUCAGGGAGCAUCUUUCUUGUGCUCCAACGGCACUCUGUUCAAUCAAAAAGAAUUUACCUGCGAUUGGUGGUACAACGUAGACUGUAGCAAGGCGACAUAUUAUUACGAACUUAACACGGACGCAGCAAAAAAUCCAUUCGCCCCAAAACCAAAGGCAACUGAAGAACCGUACAAGCAACCAUACGACAAUUAUUACCAGAAUCCAAAGUAUUAUCUGUAAAUGCAUUUAUUAUAUAAUUUAAACACAUGUUUCUUUUUAUGUAAAUAAGGUGUAAAUUGUUUAUACAUACUAAUACAUUUUACAAUAAUAAUAAAUAAUAUUAUAUUAAUUAUUA